GCGUAACACACUCAUGCACACUGCGCGCAUCUACUCUCACACUUCUGAAUCACAGGCUCUGGAAAAGCAGCUCGGACACUUUAUUUACAAGACUUGCUUUUAAAUCUCAAGAACGUCAUGGAUCCUCUAGCGGUGACCGGGAGCGGCUUUGAUGAACCUUAUUCACGCAUGGACUAUAAUAAUAAUAACUUUUUGGAACCAACCAGACUUCCGUUCAACAGGACCGCAGAGCCGAGCGCAGUGAGCGAGAGAGCCUCUGUGAUCAUCGCCAUCUCCAUCACAGCUAUUUACUCCGCCAUCUGCGUACUGGGACUGUUAGGAAACGUGCUGGUUAUGUACGGCGUGGUCAGAUACACAAAGAUGAACACUGCAACCAACAUUUACAUCUUCAAUUUGGCUCUGGCAGAUGCUUUGGCCACCAGCACACUGCCAUUCCAGAGUGCCAAGUAUCUGAUGAGGACCUGGCCUUUUGGAGAGCUGCUGUGUAAAAUAAUCAUUGCGAUUGACUACUACAAUAUGUUCACCAGUAUUUUUACUCUAACAAUGAUGAGUGUGGACCGCUACAUCGCUGUCUGCCACCCAGUGAGGGCUCUUGAAUUCAGGACGCCUGUCAAAGCCAAGAUCAUCAACAUCUGCAUCUGGAUCCUAUCAUCUGCCAUCGGUAUUCCAGUCAUGAUCAUUGCUGUAACAAGAGUCACUGAAAAUGGUAAAAUCAUCUGUAAGCUGAAAUUUCCUGAACCUGAAGGCUUUUAUGACAAUGCGACAAAGAUUUGUGUGUUCAUCGUUGCCUUUGUUGUGCCCGUCUUGGUCAUCUCCAUCUGCUAUGGGCUGAUGAUCUUGCGGCUGAAAAGUGUACGCUUGCUCUCCGGGUCCAAAGAGAAAGACAAGAACCUGCGCCGCAUUACCCGUAUGGUGCUGGUAAUAGUGGCAGCCUUCAUCAUAUGCUGGACACCCAUCCAUAUCUUCAUCAUAGUCAAGACUUUUAUAACGAUUGACCAGAAGAACCCACUUGUGAUCAUCAGCUGGCACUUGUGCAUCGCUCUUGGCUACAUGAACAGCAGCUUAAACCCAGUCCUCUAUGCUUUCCUGGAUGAGAAUUUCAAGAGAUGCUUUCGAGAAUUUUGCCUGCCUUUCCGCUCUCACACGAAGCAGAACAGCUUUUCUAGAGCCCGCAACACCACCAAGGAACCUGCCUCAGUCAGUGGCAAGGCAGAUUCAGUGAGAAAGCCCACAUGACUAGUACUGGUCCAGGGAUUGCCUGGACGACCCACUGGAAACCAACAGGACCUGCAGUCUGAGUGCACUCAAAUCUCCACUACGGAGUUCUGAGUCACCCCAUUCACAGUUAAAACUGAAUUCACAUAAGGCAACAUGUAUGAAAUUGUUUGAAGAGUUAAGGCAAAAACAAUAAUCGCUUGUUGAUUUUGGUAUAAUUUAUUCUCAUAAAAGGCACUAAGUAAACCCUCCAAAUUUCGGAUGAGAUCAAGUUUGAACUACAGACCACUUACAAGUCAGCCCAAUUAUCAUUCCCUGGUGGUGUAUACACUAUAUAUGGGCAAAAUUUUGAGGACACCUGACCGUAACACGUAUGCACGUUAUGUCUAAAUCUAAUGUCAGAUUUAGUCCCCUCUUUGCUGUUAUAAUAACUUUCUGGCUGUUCAAAUAUGUACUCAUUAAGACACAAGAGCAUUAGUGAGGCCUGGGGCAUGUCAACAUUCCAGCUUAUUCUUAAAGAUGUUCAUUGGGGUUGAGUUCAGGGCUCUGUCCAGACCAUUUAAGUUUCUGCUUUCCAACCUCAAGCAAAUCAUGUCUUCAUAGACCUCACUUUUUACACAGGGAUAUUGUCAUGCUGGAACAUGUUUGAGCUCACAUACAGGUUUCUAAUACUUUGAAGGAAAUUCAUUUGUCGCAGUGAAUCAGUGACAGUCCCAAUUAUGUCAGUCAUAUUUUCAACUUGUGUAAAGAAUGGCUCUUAUUUUGGAUCUCUGUUUCUGUACUAUUGAAAGCUGGUUGACUUCCCAUUUAUUAUAAGGCACAAGAGACUACUGAAUUGGAACAAGAAAAAUACAUCAUAUCUACAAACACAGGGUAAAACUGGUUCAAGUGUCAGAAUGUCAGACAAAUAUCUUCACACAAUCGUUUAAGAUUAAUGAGAUUUUUCUGCACAAUGGAGUCUUGCACACAUACUAGAAUGAUACUAUAGAUCCUGAGACUAUUUCUAUCUCCAGGACACUUUUUAUUACCAAGACAAAACUACAGUACAGUGAAUGACAAUGUGAGUAUGUGUUUAUUUGCCACAUGUAGGCCAGACUGCAGGAGCAAGCCAGUGGCACAUGCAGGCAGUAUUACUUCUGGUGCCUUGCUGUGACGGGAGAGAAGAAAAACAAUCAAGUGUUAAAGACUUAUAGAGAACCGGACACAAUGCUCUAUUUCAGUAAAACUAUAAUAAACUGCUGUAAAAGACAAUCCAACCCAACCAUAGACACGUUUGAAAUGUUCCUGCAGACCACUUCACUGUUACAUCCAUGUAGUCUUUUUUUUUUGGAUAAAUAUUUGUAUACAUGUGACUGAAUACAAUGAAAGAAACAUAGUGAAAAAAUAUUUGCAAGUGAAAUGUUAUUUGGUGACAUUUUCCCUGUUUAAUACAACUUCAGUGCCAGAAUGAAAUGGAAAGCUAAUGCUGUUUUGUUUUUGUUUUUCUUGCUUUCUUAAAAGCAGUGGAGACUUUAACAUCUAUUCUUGUUCUGCUUUUUGGUAAUGUGGCUUUGGACUGUAGUGUUUAGCAUUGUGAGUAUUCAGACUUCCUCUUCCGAUCAUGUACAACUUACAUCAUAUAGUAACAGUAUGAAGCCUUACUUCUGCCUCUGCAUCAACUGGAAGUGAAUUAUAAUAACUGCAGUGUUAUUAUAUAGUUGAUAUU